UCUCUUCCUGCCUGUGUACGGGAUCCCUGGGCUCUACGUUCCCGGAGCUACCGCAGUCCCGAGGCUGUACGCUCCGCAUCCCCGGAGUCGUGCAGCCUCGGACCCCUGAUCCCCUGCGCGCCGAAGCUCCCCGAGUCCCCCGGUACCCUGUACCUCGCGUCCCCGAAGCCCGCGCGUCCCCGCGCGCUCCCCAAAGUCCAGGCAGCGGCCGGACACCGCCCGAGCCGGCGGAGAACGCUGCCCUCCUCCGUUGCACCGGUGCCAUGGCCGCCCCCGACCUGUCCACCAACCUCCAAGAGGAGGCCACCUGCGCCAUCUGCCUCGACUACUUCACGGAUCCGGUGAUGACCGACUGCGGCCACAACUUCUGCCGCGAGUGCAUCCGGCGCUGCUGGGGCCAGCCCGAGGGUCCGUACGCGUGCCCCGAGUGCCGCGAGCUGUCCCCGCAGAGGAACCUGCGACCCAAUCGCCCGCUCGCCAAGAUGGCUGAAAUGGCGCGGCUCCUGCACCCUCCGUCGCCUGUCCCGCAGGGCGUGUGCGCCGCGCACCGCGAGCCACUGGCCGCCUUCUGCGGCGAUGAGCUGCGUCUGCUGUGCGCGGCCUGCGAGCGCUCGGGGGAGCACUGGGCGCACCGAGUGCGCCCGCUGCAGGACGCAGCCGACGAUCUCAAGGGCAAGCUGGAGAAAUCCCUGGAGCAUCUGCGGAAGCAAAUGGAGGAUGCGCUGCUGUUCCAGGCCCAGGCGGAGGAGACCUGCUCCUUGUGGCAGAAGAUGGUGGAGACCCAGCGGCAGAAUGUGCUGACGGAGUUUGAGAGGCUGCGCCGUCUUCUUGUGGAGGAGGAACAGCGGCUGCUGCAGAGGCUGGAGGAGGAGGAGCUGGAGGUGCUGCCCCCCUUGCGGGAGAGUGCGGCCCGGCUGGGACAGCAGAGCGCCCAGCUGGCCGAGCUCAUCACCGAGCUGGAGGGCCGCUGUCAGCUGCCAGCACUGGGGCUGUUGCAGGAUAUCAGAGACACCCUGCGCAGAGUCCAGGAUGUGAAGCUGCAGCCCCCCGAGGUGGUGCCUAUGGAGAUGAGGACGGUGUGCAGGGUCCCAGGGCUGGUGGAGGCCUUGCGGAGGUUCCGAGGGGACAUGACCCUGGAUCCGGACACCGCCAACCCUGAGCUGGUCCUGUCGGAGGACAGGAGGAGCGUGCGGCGGGGGGACCUGCGGCAGGCCCUGCCGGACAGCCCUGAGCGGUUCGACCCCGGGCCUUGUGUGCUGGGCCGGGAGCCCCUGACCUCGGGCCGCCACUACUGGGAGGUGGAGGUGGGGGAGCGGGCCAGCUGGGCCCUGGGCGUCUGCAGAGAAAACGCCAACCGCAAGGAGAAGGGCGAGCUGUUCGCUGGGAACGGGUUCUGGAUCCUGGUGUUCCUGGGAAGCUACUACAACUCCUCCGAGCGGGCUUUCGCCCCUCUCCGAGACCCACCCCGGCGCGUGGGCAUCUUUCUGGACUACGAGGCUGGACAUCUGUCCUUCUACAGUGCCAACGAUGGGUCGCUGUUGUACACCUUUCCUGAAACGCCCUUCUCGGGGACCCUGCGGGCUCUCUUCUCACCUCUGUCCAGCAGCCCGACCCCUAUGACCAUCUGCAGGCUGAAAAGCGGGCCUGGGGACGUGCUGGCUCCCCAGUGAGCAGGCCUCUCAUAGCCCCUUGUCCUACCUUCUGAGUCUUUGAGACACUUGGAAAACCUGAGAGGAGGGUGCGUGUCCUCUGAGCUAUGGAGAGCACUCAUAGUACCACUCGGAUACGUGUAGCAAACUGAACUCUGUCACUGCCACUCCCAGGAAUCCAUGUGUGAGUGUGUGCGGGCUGGGCUGUCCUUCCCCCUGGGGACCCUCCAAGGUCAUCAGGUGCUGAGACCCCAUUCACCAGUGCAUCACCCACGGUCCUUUGCAGAGCCCUGAGCCUAGGGCCCUGGUAGCUCUGGUUCCAGGAGCCUCACCAGCCGGCCCCAUCCAGCCUCUGCCUGGGGUGAGACACCAGGGCCUGCAGAACUUUUUCAGGCUACAGUCGGAGCCCCACCCCUUCCCCAAACCCUGGGGCCACAACUUGAGAAAGCUACAGUCUUUUGAGACUGCUGGCUGAGGGGUGGCUCAAAGCCCACCAGCCUUUCUUGGGGUCUGUUCCAAACUGGUGGGGGGCGGUGUGAGUCUGGAUGUAGUUGCCUAAGGUUAAUUGGGGUGUAGCAGAAUCCUCAGGUGACAAGUGCUGUGCGAAAGGCAACAGGAAGGGAACUGGGAGCAAGUCACUGAACAAAGGGGUUGAUUAACUGAGGACACACAGAUGCCCUCGAGUCCCCCUGAGUGUGGCCCACUCGGGGCUUCCUGGAAAAGCUCCUUCCCUGGUCCCCAGUGCAGAGGUUCAGUUCUGGGAGGUCUGAGGGCCUGGAGGUGAGUGUGAGGCUCGGAAAUAACACAAGCGCACAGUUUCCAUCUGAGCAGCACUGAGAACAGCAAGCUGCCGUUGCCGUCCCAGGUGUCUCUUCAGUGGCAUAUGGGACUAUUCCUGAACUCAGAACCCAGAGUCUCACUCCCGCCUGGGGGAGGGGGUGAGGUCACAGACAGCCCUGGCUUACAGAAUCCAGGAUUUGUUUUUGCUUUAAGUGUUGACAUUUCUUCACCCUUCUCAAGAAGGUGUGAUGCAGCGUCUCUGCACCCCUAGAUUUUUAUUAAUUGUAAGGACCAUUCUCACAGUAAAUAAACUAACAGUUGUCUGUUG